AGAAAAAAAACAGCGGAUCCCACAUGUUCAAAGAUCAGCUGCUGUUUGUUCAUAAAUAAUAUAAAAACAUCGUGUUUCCACAUGUUGCUGCGGUUUGUCUUAAAUUCUUAGUUUUCUCUUUGGAGUUCGGUUUAACUGGCAGUUACAAACAUGGAGGACGCGAACGUUAUCAAGCUGCCGGAGACGGGGGAGAGACGACCGGCCAAGAAGAGAGCCCGACCGCCGAAGUUCGACCCAGUGGAAGAGGAACAAAAACGGCAGAAAAACGUGAAGAGUCUGGCGGUGCUGGGAGCGGAGGACAGCUCGGUGAAGCUGCUGGAGGAGCUGGUGUUCGGAGCGGAGGACGAGCUGGUGGAGAGACUCGUGGAGGAGGAUGACGAGCAGACGGAGACACUGCCGGAGGACGUCAGAGACGAGGAGUCCGGCCAAUCAGAGGACGAGAACGAGGCUUGUCUGCAGCCGGAGCCGAGCAGGAAGCCGGCCUGGGUGGACGAGGACGACGAGCUGGAGGAGGAGGUUGACAUGAAGCAUCGGUUCCGCAGAGACCUGAUCCGAGGAGAGGCAGAGUCCACCAUGUCCAAACAGAAGCUGCAGCAGAGGAUGAGGGAGCAGUUCCAGAAGUCGAUGGGCGGAGCUCCGUCCUGGGCCGAGAGUGGCGCCAAGAAGAAGAAGAAGAAGAAGAAGAAGAAGAAAGAUGAUGAAGAUGAAGACGAUGAUGAAGACGAUGAUGAAGAGGAGGAGGACGACCUCCUGAGGAGGACGGGAAACUUUGUGGCGUCCUCAGAGCGUCUGCCCAGCGGCGUCCUGAGGAUGAAGAAGUGUCUCCACGCCAACAGCGCUCGUCCGUCAGACGACAGACUGACGACCGUCCAGUUCCACCCGUCCGCUCAGGUCGUCAUGACGGCCGGACUCGACCAGUCACUGUCCCUCUUUCAGGUGGAUGGGAAGACAAACCCAAAGAUCCAGAGCAUCCACCUGGAGCGGUUCCCGGUCCACAGAGCUCAGUUCAGUCUGGACGGACAGACGGUGAUCGCCACGAGUCUGAGGAACAAGAUGUUCUACCUGUACGACAUGAUGCAGGGCCGAGUCACACCUGUACACACCGUCAGAGGUCUGAAUGAGUCCAGAGUGAAAGAGUUCUCAGUUUGUCCUGAAGGAGGCGCUCUGCUGCUCACAGGGACCAGUGGCUACCUGCACCUCCUCACACUGAAGACGAAGGAGGUCGUUCGCAGUAUGAAAAUUAACGGUGACGUCAGCGGAGUCGCCUUUUCCCGCGACGGAGGCAAAGUCUUCGUCAACUCAGAGGAGGGGGAGGUGUAUGUGUGGGACAUGCGCAGCAGUCGCUGUGUGAACAGGUUCACAGAUGACGGCUGUGUGAAGGGGACGUCCAUCGCCGCCUCUCCUAACGGACAGUACCUGGCCUGCGGGUCUGAGUCGGGUGUGGUCAAUGUCUACUCUCAGGAGGCGUGUCUGAACUCGGCCAAUCCGAAGCCUCUGAAGGCCGUGAUGAACCUGCUGACCUCGGCGACCUCCCUGACCUUUAACCCCACCUCUGAGAUACUGGCCGUCGCCUCCCGGGCCGAGGACGAGGCCGUACGGCUGGUCCACCUGCCGAGCCUCAGCGUCUUCUCCAACUUCCCCGUCUCAAAGAGGAAGAUCGUUUAUCGAGCCUUCUGCCUCGACUUCUCCCCCCACAGCGGCUUCUUCUCAUUGGCCAAUAACAAAGGACACGCCCCCCUCUUCAGGCUGCUGCAUUACAAAGACUUCUGAUCAGGAAGCAGAGGUCUUCAUGGUCCAGGUCUUCAUGAUCCAGGUCUUCAUGGUCCAGGUCUUCAUGGUCCAGGUCUUCAUGGUCCAGGUCUGAGUUUAUUGUGAACUGUGACUCCUGCAGAAACUGUCAGGGAGGAGGAGAACUCACCUAAAGACUGAAGCAGUUAAUGAGGCUAAAACAGGCGAUGAACCUGUUUCUGUUCACGUUUGUUUUUAUCAUUUGUAUAAAAGAAGUCAAACAGUUCAA